UAAAUAAUUAAUCAACUGUUCAUUUAAUGCGUCUCCCUUUUUUGUCAUGGCCGUUCGGCCCGGUUUGUGACGAUGGCUUUAAAGCCUCAGGCAGAACAUGCUGUAAGGUUUCAGAAAGUAUUUAGCGUGCGUGCGUGCGUGCGUGCGUGCGUGCGUGCGUGCGUGCGUGCGUGCGUGCGUGCGGAUGUGUGUUUGUCGGAGUAAUUGCAUCAGCGUCUCUGCCGUUAUUUUCUUUCUCCCAUACUGUCUCUUCACCCUCUGGCCCAGUUGCUCCCUGCUGUCUUCCCCCUGCUUGACCAGGGUCAGUGGAUGAGCUUUGGCCUCCUCUGCGGAGCGGGGACCGCGGAUCACUUGUGCAGGACCCGGCAGAGAGAGGAAGCUGUACAGUAAUUAGGACAAGAGGAGGCCUCUCUCUCACUCUCACUCUCUCACUUACACACACACACACACACACACACACACACACACACACACAGAGACGCUCCCACAUUAAGAGACCAAAACUCAUCAUUGCAUGUGGUUGAGAGGAUUGUAGUUUCUGAUGUGAGGGAAUUUAAUGCUUAAUUUAUUUACCUUCAUUGCUGUGUAUUUCACUUUGUAAGCCAUCAGUGAACCUAACGUGUCAUACACCAGAGUAUUGGAGUAAGUCAUGCUGAUAAUGACCAUAUUUUUAUUAUUUGUGGGGGUUUUUUUAACAGCAAUUUAAAUAAGCAAAGGUAUCAUGUUGGAUGUUUUGAAGUAAAUGUCAAAAAUCAAAGUGCAUUUCAGUGGAGCACCGGAACAGUGGUUGUUCCAAUGAUGAUAGCUAAAGGGAAUUCUUCCCCCCCCCAGAGAGAGAGAGAGAGAGAAUUCAUAUCUGUUUUAAAAUUGCAAUUCCUUGAACGAUUUUGGGUUUGAUUAUCCCCAAAGUAAGAAACAAAGUUUCUUGGGGGAAAAGGGCUAUAAAAAGGAUUCAUAUUUUGCAUGAUCUUUAAUUUUGUUGUCUGAGAAGUCUGUCAGCAGAGUUUAUUUCUUGUUGUGAAAACAAGGAGAUUUAAUUAAGAAAGCUGUAACUUGGUUCCAGUUAAUAGAUGGUCCUAAAUAAUCUCUUUGUGUUAAGAGUGGAAAGCAGCCAAGUUCUGGCCAGCAGGAGGUAUUUCUUUUUUCAUGUUCACUCUUGACUAAUAACUUUUACCUCUCCUCUCCUUAGGGUUCUGUCAAAUCCUGGAGGACACGGUUAAUGAAGAAAUAGAAGCAUCAGUUGAUGCCCUCCAACUGACCUGCGCUAAGUCUUGGCCGUGGGGCUUUGUUGUUGGUGGGCCAGCUGAACAGGCGUGUAUGUGAAUGAGCAGUAAUGAAGUCCAGUAUGAGGCAGUGGCGGAGGCUAGUGCUGGUGGGAAUGCUGGCCUGGGUUCUCCUCUUCCUCGCCCUCCUCUCUUACUUUCUGGACGCUCGUGUGAAUGAGCCGCUGGCGUCUGUAGGCUCUUUACUCUCCCAGCACCCAGACACCCGGCGCCUCACUUCUAUACAGGCCUCCCACCAACAGCAUGCCAACCUGGGCUCACGACCUGAACUGGCUUCCACACUAACUACAACCUACCCCAGAGAUGAGCCAGAGCCGGAGCCCUCUGCCAGCUCCACGACUCCAGAGCUCAGCCUGGAUGCGAGCCACAGCCCCAACAGUGCUCCCUACGCCGUAUAUGGCAGCCAGGAGACCAGCCACCAGGACUACCUAGACCCACAGAGCCUGGCUGCCUGGUCCUCCUUUGGUACAGAAAAUGUGGGUUCUCAUUCAGACCCUUCAGUCCAGAGUCGUGAGAGAACUUCCCAUUACCAGAACCACAUCAGCGCCACACGCUACCGCAGUGGGGAGGAAGAAGAAAAUGAGAGGGACAAUAGAGAAGAAGAACUAGGAAACAGAAUGAGGGCUACAGCAGGCAGGAGGGUCGGUGGUGACUCCUCUGAUCUGGAGGAAUAUUACUUCUCCAGGUCGACCCCUAUAGUGCAGCGUUUGUGGCGGGGUCGUAUGUCCGCCAAAAUGCUGAUUCCUCGACUGCAGCGCGCCAUGAAGGACUACGUUAGUGGCAACAAACACCAUGUUUCCUACACAGGGCAUCGCAGGGCCGCCCAGAGUGCCAAGGAGCUGCUGUGUCAAAUGAAAGCCCAUGCCCGGAUCAGGACAGUGGAUGGGUCAGAGCAGCCCUUUUCCUCACUCGGUUGGGCUCGUCUUGUGCCGUCUCGCCCCCUGGAGCGACUUCACAGAGGGCAGGACCAGAGCGGCUUCAAGACCUGUGCCGUGGUCACCUCGUCUGGUUCGAUCCUGCGCUCAGGACUGGGCAAAGAGAUCGUCUGUGUACCAGCAGCUCUAAAGCUUGAUAUUUCAAAUGCCUCGCAAUGAUGACCAGACUUCCGGCGUCAAUACAACUGCCCAUAAAAUCAGGACUUCUUGCUUUUACAGAUUUUGGACAAUCCUAAGCAUCGAUUCAACACAAGCUCAAUCUACAAGAAUGUGACUCUGGUGGCCUGGGAUCCUGCACCUUACACUGUCGACUUACACAAGUGGUAUGCCAGUCCGGACUACAACCUGUUUGGGCCGUACGUAGAGCACCGCAAGCUCCAUCCUGGCCAGUUCUUCUACAUCCUUCACCCAAGCUAUUUGUGGCGACUCUGGGAUGUGAUUCAGGGCAACACUCAGGAGAAUAUCCAGCCCAAUCCUCCCUCGUCUGGCUUCAUAGGCAUUCUCCUGAUGAUGGCGCUAUGCGAGCAGGUGCAUGUGUAUGAGUACAUUCCCUCCAUGAGGCAGACGGACCUGUGCCACUACCAUGAGCAUCAUUAUGAUGCUGCCUGUACACUGGGUGCCUACCAUCCCCUCCUGUUUGAGAAGAGCCUGAUCCAGCGGAUCAACACAGGCCCUGAGAGUGACCUUAGGAGGAAGGGACUGGUCACUCUUCCGGGCCUCAGCACCAUCAACUGUGACAUCUGAGAUAUAUAACCUGACCCUCUGAGUCCGAAAACACACACACACACACACACACACACACUCUCCGGCCUUUUCUGGCUGACUAAGGGAGAGGUGCAAUAAAGCCACUGGAGACGAGGAGGCUGGAGCUUACAUGUUUCAAAUUGGACCCAUGAAGAACAUAAGCCAUAGCCCUCCAGGGAGGGAUCAACAUGGAGGCUUCCGAACGAACUUUACUAGACCAGAGACUGGCAGGCAAAGUCUCCAAGAUGAAGCUAAAUAAGAAAUGACUCCCUGCUUUAGCUGAGCCACGUUAGCUGUGGAGCUGACUAGGGUAGCAACAGAUAAGUGUUUUUAGAUAGUCAAGUGAUUUUUAAAUGGGUGUUUCAGUGGUGUAAACGGUGUUUUUCAAUAUUAUGGGUGGUUCUCCGCUCAAAGGGAAUGCCACUGUUCAUAACGGUGGAUGUUUGUGAUUUUCUCUUUCUUUUUUACUGGUUCAAAGGGUUGUGAAUAAGCAAAGAAGUCCUCCACGCUGAAUGUCAUAAAGGCAACAUACACUGACAGAUGUACACACAAUUGCAGAGAGCGGAAACUCACAGAGAAGAAUGCACAGUCUAAAAGACAGUCUCCACAGAGACGAAGUCGAGCUGUCGCAGCACUCGUAUAACUGCAUUUCAUCGCUCUACAGCAGGUGUUCCUGAUCGACAUCCCACUGAUAUCUUCUUGUGAAAUCACAAGUUGUUUCGUGUUGUCACGGGGGGGAUUUCUCACUAGUGAUGUUGUUAAGCUUAAUGCUAAAUUACUUUCCUGUGCAUGCCAGCUUGCCGGCUCACAACCACCAGUCUGUCGCUCCUUGUUGACACAUUUAGGAUGAGUUCUCAUCCAGUGUCAAGAAGCCCGUCUCUCAGUUAAUCGCCCACAGGAAGAAAGGCACUGGUUGUCAUUUUUUUUUGAUUCAUCCUACCUAAAGUAACUUUUAUUUUUUAUUGUUUUACGCUAACGGCGUAAUUAAAUCAAAGCAAAUGUGGCCAAAAUGAUCUUCAGAAGGAAGCGGUGCUAGGAACAGCCGUAACCCUGUGCCUGUUGGUCGACUGAACACUUUCCUUUGGUUGCCUUGUGACUGUUCAGGUACAUGCAGUACAUACUGUGGCAGGACUGCAGUAACAUGACGUUUAAUUGCUCUUAGAAGUGUGGAGCAGGGGAUUCUCAAUUCUGCCUCAGCAAUCACCAGCCCCGGUUUUCGACGGUCAGUUUGCUCUUUAUUGAAUGUAAUUUUACCGCUGUGUGUAAUGGCCAAACCCUCCCUGGAGCUCACCACUGCAGUACAUAUGGUCUUUAGGGUUAUUUCGUUGUCAUGUAACAGCCUGAAGGCCAUUUCCUACAACUAUUUAUGUCUCAUAUUUCCUGUAUCCUCUAUUGUUGGUUUGUACCCGUCAGCAGCUCAGAGUGGAGACGAUUAUAAGAGGAAUUUGAGCCGGUAAUAUGAGCAGAUUUGUGUUGUCUCCAGCUGGGAUGAUUUUUAUGUUUACAGUCAGUCGGUGCCACAUCUGCGACAAGCUCUCGAGGUAUUUGUUCAGCGUGGAGAGGGAGACUGGUUGUGUGGACAGACAGUCAGAAAAAUCUUGCCUUUCAAAAGAGAUUUCUUUUGCUAAGUGUGCUAUUCUAUGAAAUGUUCUUGUGCCAUUGGUUGUGGUUCAUACAAGAUGUGAAAAUUUGUCUCAGAAAUGUUGCCUUGAAUAGUCUGAUGUAUGUUGAAUUAGAUGGCUCUGUAGUAGUACUAGUAUGUAGAUGAUUCUGGGGCUUCACAUUACUUGUGGUUGAGUAGGGCUGGGUAUCAUGCAACAUGUGUCAGUGCUACUACCAACAUGUGCUGAUACAUAUUUUUCUUUUACAAAGAACCCUUUUCAGGGAACACCUGAUUGAAGGAAAGAAUUUCAAUGCUUGACAGUGCGGGUGGGCGAUAUAGAUAUUUUACAUAGCAACAUUGAUAUACUGAAUAUCAUGAUGUAGUAAAGUUUCUGGAAAUUCUGUUGAGAAACUACACUCAGUUGACAGUUUAUUAGGCACACUUUGCUAAAACUAAGUCUAGUUAAUAAAUACAAAUUCCUUAAAACAAAUGGCAGUGGACAAAAUAUUAGAAACUCAUUCCAGAUAUACUGUAUCACUAUAAUGCAGAACAACUCAACAGCACCACAGCCUUUAAAAUGACUUGAAUCAACAUCUUUCUUCAUGAAUAUAGGAUUGAUUGCAGAGGUGAUGCAUUAGACACUUUGAAUUUGAAUUGAAAUGUGCUCUACAAAUUAACUUGCCUUGCCUUAAACAGCAUCGCUUUUUGCUAGGUGGACCUAAACUGGAAACUGAGUGGAUACAGAGAUGCAUUAACCAGAUGGGAAUGACUAAUUCAGUGAAUUACAUACAUGAGAAGUGUUUCAUCACAUUGAUGCAAAAUUCUGUGAAUCUCAUAAUGCCACAAAGCGGUUAUUCUCAUUAAUUUACAGCUGCCUCAGUAGAAAUUGUAAAGAAAUAACUCUUGACUGUUGAGAAACGAUCUCGCGUUAUAUCGCCCAGCCCUACUCGACAGCUACGGAUGCAUUUUGCUCAGAAUGCAAAACAAAAAAGUCGCUAGGUUUGAUACCCAGCCCCAGUUUCUGGUGGAUUGUUUGUUUGGCUAUUAGAAGAGUCUUGAAACAAGAAACCCGGUGAAGUCAGCAACUGUUAAAAGGAAUUUAAAAGAGAUUUAAAAAACAGACUGAAGAAGUUUAAGGAGGUUUAUCAUUAAUUUUGAAUCAUGCAGGUUUUCACCUCUGCUGUAGGGUUUUAUGUUUCUCUGUUGACAUAAAUGAACAACUAUUUUAUUGCUUGUGAUUGUAAUACACUGAAGGUGCAAAAACCCUGAACAUAUUGUACAUGUAUAUUUCUUAAUGAUGAUUACUUUCCAAUGCACUGAGCAUGCAAAUCAGGAUCAGGGCUAAGAGUCUUAAACUGUGCUGUACCGUGCUGCAAGUAGACACCAUUGUCAUUCAUGUUGUGAGGCAAUUAUGAUAUAAGAUUAUUUUUGGUGUUUUGAAGAUUUUAGCGCAUGCUUAUGGACAAGGAAAUCGCAACCAGCUGCGGUGCAGCUAUUGGUAGUUCCCUGGAAGCACUUGAUUCAGUGCAAUGGAUUGUGCCAAAUUCCAUUUUUAAUUAUGUUUUAGCAAGGUGGGUUGAGGACUGAUAGCAGGACUUCGAAGGUGCUAUUGCUUGUUUAAUUUAAUUUUCAAUCCUCUUCAAGACAACAAUUUUAUUGGCAGGAUUAAAUGCAGGACAUUAUGCGGAAACAUCUUUGCAGACACCGUGUGUUUUCAUUUUUCCCUCUGCUCUUUACUCUUGAGGCCUAUGUUUCAUGUCAUGUUUCUACUCAAUAUUGUGGGAAUUUUCUGCCCCACACUGCCUCUAAUUGAUUGUUCAAUAUUUAGGUAUUUGGACAUUUCCCUCCUGCAGCUUCCUGCAACAUAAUAAGAGUGAAGGUCCUGUUUCACUCGCAACAGCCUUAGCGUGUUCUUCUUGACUCUGAUUUGACGGCGAAUUCUCUUCUUACAUUUGAAUUGAUAUUUAAAUCGACCAUUUGUAUGAGUUGUAAUUUGUCUUUUUUUUUUACUGUGUAAAUAAAGCUGUUGUACAUGUCAAGUUCUGCUGUUGGUGACUCACCUGUUUAUUCAUGAGUAUGUAGAUGAGCGGGUUGAUGACGGUGCUGCUCUUGGCCAGUAGUGAGGGCACCACGCUGGCCACGGGACUAAUGAUGUUGGGUGGGCCGAAUGUUGCCAUCAUGGCCACGACUCCGUAAGGCAUCCAGCACAACAUGUAGCAGGCCGCUGUAGUCAGAACCAUGAACAGUAUGUGGUACUCUCUCCUCCGGGCUACAGUUUUUCGGACCUUACCCACCUGUGGAUGACAGUCGGAGAGGGUUGAUGAAGCUGAGAUCUUUUGAUCGUUCAGACACUCUGUUCUUGAAGAGCUCCCCUCACAUGAAAUACCUUUUGUCAAAGCAUGACCACUUUUGUUCGUUUCCAACCUUCGUGGCAGCUGGUGAUUUUGUUGUUUCACUACAGUGGGAAAAUCAACUUGCAGAGUCUUAAACCUUGUAAACUCUCCCUGUUUGUGCUUUAUGUUCUGACAUCCAAGAUUCCCUAAUAGCACAAGCUACAAUGCUAAUUCCACAGACAAACAGGGACAUUUGAAAAAAAGUUAAUUUGUUAACUGUGUUUCAGGAAAGGGAUCAUUUAAAGGCAAUGACUUGUUUAUUUAGAUGUACUUGUCCCAAACUAAUUGAAACUGUCUGUACUUUUAUACUACAGUUUGGUGAAAUUUGAAAGCGUUGCCCAUUAAAAAAAACCGUUAUGAUUU